CUUCUUUCCCACAAAUCCCAUUCAGAUCCUUUUUCCUUAGAACAGAAAUAUUGAAUUCUUUUUAUUCUAACCCAUUUUUUUUCUCUAGUUUUGCUCUCUCCAUUAUUUGAAACCCAAUUAAAGUUAGAAAUAUACAUUCAAGAAAUUAAACUAUGGCCUCAUUGUCAGCUCAUGGGUCAGGUGUAUGGACUGCAAAGCAAAACAAGGCAUUUGAAGAAGCUUUGGCAAUGUAUGAUAAAGACACACCUGAUAGAUGGUUGAAUGUUGCAAAAGCCAUUGGUGGGAAAACUGAAGAGGAAGUCAAAAGGCAUUACCAACUUCUUCUGGAGGAUGUUAAGCAUAUUGAGUCGGGCAAAGUUCCUUUUCCUUACAGAAGCUCAAGAAGCAAUUAAUUGCUACUAACAUAUGAUCAAAAGAUGGAGGAUGAGAAAGAUGAAGUUGAAUGAAGCCAGGUGCAGUACUGGAAGAAUAAAAAGGAAAGAGCCAUUUUCUUGCUGUUGCACCAUUUUCUUCUUUUCUAACAAAACAGCAAUAUAUAUAUAAUAUAUAUUUGAAGUUCCUUAUUGUAUCUUUUCAAAUCCAAUUGUAAUGCUCAAAUGAAUAAGCUUUUAUGAAUUAAACCAUCAAUAUAAUGAUUUAUAUUGAGAUUGAA